ACUUAUCCAAAGAUUAUAGGUUUGAUAGUUUGAUUCUCUAACACAAGUGAUGAAGUUACAGAGGAAAAUGAUUUCAAUCCGAUUUAGUUUUGCUGUCAUCGUUCUCUCCCUCGCCGUCCAAUUAUAUUCAGCCACGUCACGCUUCUCCAUCCUCGAGGGUUCCCACGAGCCCCUUUCCUUCUCAGUCGCCCAGUUCGGGGCCACCGGCGACGGCGUCCACUACGACACCGUUGCAAUACAGAAGGCAAUCGACGAAUGCGCUGCUGCCGUGGUGUCCAGCCGCCACCGCCCUUGCCACGUCACGUUCCCGCCCGGGAAGUACUUGACUGCAACGGUGCACCUGAAAUCGGGCGUGGUUCUGGAUAUUAGUAGAAAUGCGACGGUUCUGGGAGGUCCGAGACUGAGGGACUAUCCGGAGGAGCAAAGCCGGUGGUAUGUGGUGCUGGCGGAGGGGGCGGACGAUGUCGGGAUCACCGGCGGAGGGGAGAUCAACGGACAAGGGCUGAAAUUCGUGCAGAGGUUCGAUGAGCGGAAGAAUGUGAUGGUGAGCUGGAACCAGACGGGGGCGUGCUUGGGGGACGAGUGCCGGCCGCGCCUCGUCGGAUUCAUCGGUUGCAGAAAUGUCAAAAUCUGGAAUGUCAGUCUCAUCGAGCCUGCUCUUUGGUGCUUGCAUCUCGUACGAAGUGACCGCAUAUCUAUCCAUGAUGUUACAAUAUACGGGAAUUUCAAUUCACCUAAUAACGAUGGAAUUGAUAUAGAAGACUCGAACAACACGUUGAUCACAAGAUGCCACAUCGAUACAGGUGAUGAUGCUAUCUGUCCCAAGUCAUCCACUGGACCUGUGCACAACCUUACUGCUACCAACUGCUGGAUCAGAACAAAGUCCUGUGCUAUAAAACUUGGCAGUGCGAGUUUUUACACUUUCAAGAAUUUCGUCUUUGACAAUAUAACAAUUGUGGAAUCCCAUAGAGGUCUUGGUCUGCAGAUACGAGAUGGAGGAAAUGUUAGCGACAUUACCUUCUCAAACAUAAACAUAAGCACGAGAUACUAUGACCCGUUGUGGUGGGGAAGAGCAGAGCCUAUCUACGUGACAACCUGCCCGAGAGAUGCAAGUUCAAAAGCAGGCUUUAUCUCCAACAUGCAGUUUGUUAACAUCACAUCAACCUCUGAAAAUGGCGUGUUCUUAUCAGGAUACGGAGGUGGACUGCUAAGCCAUUUAAAGUUCACCAACGUGAACCUCACGUUCAAAAGAUGGACAAACUACUCAGACGGAAUGCUGGACUACAGGCCGGGAUGCAAAGACCUCGUUAACCACCAAACAGCGGGGUUCAUGAUGGAGCACAUUGACGGUCUGGAACUCGAAAAUGUGUCCAUGAGGUGGUCCAAAGAUCCAGCACUGAAGUGGAAUAAUCCCUUGGAUUUUAGACCUUCAACUGUGAAUAAUAUUUCUCUGCUGAAUUUCCUCUCAAAACCAUUCCAAGAAUGAAGAUGACCUCCUGCAGGGAAUAUAUAAGAUGUUGUGAUAAAGAUUUGAACCUUUCUUCCCACUCUUGAAAUUCCCAGUGUGUUAAUGUCCUCAAUAAAGUACAGAAUAAGAAAUUUGGGAUUUUUUUUGGAGAUAAAAA